GGUUGGUGUUAUAUAUAAAUAUACACUUUCUUUUCAAAUUAAACACAACAAAAAAUUAACAACUUCUUUCCUUUCUCUCAUCCUAUAGUUGUCUACCCUUAUUUCGCUUCAACCAUGAUCAAAGGUAGCGACGUGUAUGAUGUAGUGGCAGCCAUUGUGCCUCUCUAUGUGGCUUUGAUCUUAGCAUAUGGCUCUGUCCGUUGGUGGAAGAUCUUCACCCCAGAACAGUGCUCUGGCAUAAACCGUUUUGUGUCUGUUUUUGCGGUGCCCUUCCUCUGUUUUCGUUUCAUAUCCACCAAUGACCCUUACACCAUGAACUUCAGGUUCUUAGCCGCGGACUCUCUUCAAAAGGUUGUGAUUUUGGUUGCACUUGUUCUGUGGAACGCUUUCACAAAAUGGGGUAGCCUUGACUGGACAAUCACACUGUUCUCACUCUCCACUCUCCCCAACACGCUCAUCAUGGGGGUUCCUAUUCUCAAAGCCAUGUACGGAGACUUCACAGGCACCCUCAUGAUCCAAAUUGUGGUUUUUCAGAGUGUGAUUUGGUACACUCUCUUGCUGUUCAUGUUUGAAUAUAGAGCGGCUAAGCUACUCAUUAUGGAGAAUUUCCCUGAUACAGCAGCUUCUAUAUCCUCCUUUCGAGUUGAUUCACAUGUUGGUUCUCUGGGUGGUCGAGAGAUGCUGGAGACUAAUGCAGAAACCGGAGAACAUGGGAAUGUUCACGUGGUGGUGAGGAGCAUGUCACGUUCUGUGUCCUUUGCAUCAAACCUCACUGGGAUUGAGAUCUAUUCAGAGGAGUCGUCUAGAGAACCAAAGCUGGGAAGAUCAAAUUUUAGUGCCACAGAUUUGCACCCACAUGGUCUGAAAAGAGAGAGGAUGUCAAAAAUUCAUGACAAGAGUUUCUCGAGGAGCAAGAGCGUUGGUCAUAAUUUGGUUUCUCCGUAUCCGUUUCUGAAACCAACAGGGGACAAGGAGACAGACAGUAACAAGGGUUUGCACAUGUUUAUGUCAACUUCACCAACUUCUGAUCCUAAUGUGAGACAUGCUGCGAAUAAUAGAGUUGGAUCUUACGAGUUUGAGACCAUGGAAUCUUCAAACGGUGUUGAUUUUGCAAGGGAAACUGGUCCAUCCAAAGGUAAUUUUAUCUCACCAUAAUCACAUUUACACGUGCUGCAUGCACUCACAUAUUUUGUCUUCUGUCUUUUGUCCGUGAAUCCUGCAUAAAUGAGAUACAUAUAUGGGCAGUGACGUAUAUUUGACAACUUGACAACGCGAGCUGUCACUUUCUUAUUCGCUGUAAUUAUUUGAUUUUUUUUUAAUUCGAAAAUAUGAUUUGGAUUAGUUUUUCGAAAGUGCCCCUCUGUCCAGAAGAGAUCAUUCUCAGUGCUUGGCUUUUCAUUCUAAAAUUUCGCAUUUUUUCUUCUUCGCACUCUCGUUCUCUCUCAUUUGCGUCGUCGUUCUUGUCCUUGGAAUUGUCGUUGUCUCUGAUUGGCACUGUCAUUCUUCUCCUUCACAAUCUCGGUUUAUCUCCUUCCCAGUCUCGUUCUGUCUCGUUCUGUCUCAUUCGCCAACUUCUCUUCGUCUUCGAUUUCUGUUGAGUGGUU